GCUAAGCUUCACCUAAUUAUAUCAAUAAUGCUGGUGCCAUCACUUCCAAUCAUCAGUCCGCCAACCUUUCAUCAUCUCCAAAUCCUCAUCAAAACAUAAAAAUUAAAAGCCAAAACUCUGGACCAAUGAAGUUCUUAGAGGACAAGCAAGAAACUGUAAUGAUCGCGGCAUCACUGAUCGCAGCAGCUGCCUUCCAAAUCGGCGUAAAUCCUCCUGGAGGCACUUAUCAAGACACAGUAGACCAAUUUAACCAAACGGUAAUGAAAAAGCAUAAGGCAGGAACUUCAAUAAUGGCAUACAGUGAUUCGCGCCUUUACAGAACGUUCAUUGUGGAAAACACAGUUGGGUUCUUGGCCUCGAUCUCUGUGUUCUUGCUGCUACUAACUGGUUUGCAUCACAAGUACAAGUUUUUCAGAGGGUUUUUUAUGGUGGCUAUUUGGAUGGCCAUUGUUGCUAUUGCUGCAAGUUAUGUCUCUUCUAUAAUAACCGUCGCUCCUCCACUAGAGCAAAAAACCGUCAUUGCGUUCUCUUACGCAGUGUUAAUCGUAGCCGUUGUAAUGUGGAUUCUGAUUAUUUUGUGGUAUGCUGGUUUUGGUCCUCGUAUUGUUGAAAUUAUUCACCAGAGGCGUUCCUCGCAGAAAGGACGACAAACACGGUCAGCAAGGCUCCUCGGUCGUGCAGCUUCUAGUACUCGCUAUGUGUAGUACUGGGUAAUAUAAUUGUCAAAGAAUGAUGAAUAAUGAUGAUGGAGCAAUAGUAUCUCCAACAUUGUGAAUUUGUGAUAGAGAAGCUAACAACGUACCAGAUUGUCUACUCUUGUGAACCAAGGAAUAAUAAUCCUUAGAAAAAUCACAAUCAUCAACAUAGAAAGCUUAUCUAUGACGAUGUAGUGGGAGUGGCUCGAUCGUUUAGUUCAAUUGUAAUUUUUUUAUUUUUUGCUGUGGGGGCUUUCCCCCCUCCUCUGCACCACAAACAAAGGACAGUGUAGAGUUUUCAUUAAUGUUGAAUUGUGUUAUGAGUUAUGGCCUUGUGGUUCCUAAGACGAUAUGAAUAUAUGUUGAGUAGCUUUAUAAUUUA